AUGCAGACGGAGAGCUCCAAACGUCAAUCCUUCUUCCAAGACACCAGAUCAAGAGAACUAAAUGGAUUCAGAGUGAGGAAACGACCAUAUAUUGCCGGUGAUUCCUCGGAAUUCAAUCAAAUUGGAGCUGUCUCAAUUGAACACACCGGCGACCACUCACCUCCAAUGGCUCUCUCUUUCUGUAAGACAAGCAAAAGUUCCCACGUAAUUGCGGUGACUGAUGAGGAUGGUUAUGUAAGCUUAUACAAUACUCGUUCAAAGUUUCCAUCUUCCUCAACUUAUCAGCAAAAUGCAGAAAAAGCUAGGAUAUGUGAAUGGAUUGCUCACGAUAAUGCCAUAUUCGACAUAUGUUGGAUCAAGGAAGACACCAACAUUUUAACAGCUUCAGGUGAUCAAAGUAUAAAAGUAUGGGAUCCGCAGGAAAAGAAAUGUGUCGGGGAGUUGAUGGGGCACACAGGAAGUGUGAAAUCUCUCUGUUCUCAUCCAACUAAUCAUGAUCUCGUUGUGUCUGGUUCAAGAGAUGGGUCCUUUGCUCUAUGGGACUUGAGAUGCUCUAGAAAGGGCCAUGUAAAGUUUUACGCAGCGCCAAUUGCUGCGGUCCAAGGGGCUCACAUUUCACCACAUGGAAAGCGAGUCAGGCGUGUCAAGGCAGCUUCCAAGAGUAUUACAUCAGUUCUUUAUCUGAAAGACGAGGUCUCCAUUGCUACAGCUGGAGCAGUUGACAGUGUUGUAAAGUUCUGGGAUACAAGGAACCUAAAAAGCCCAGUUAUUCAGGCAUGCCCACUUCCUGAUACGUCCUCUUGGAAGGGAAGAAGAUUACAUGGCAUAUCUAGCUUGUCUCAGGAUUCAAAUGGAGUGUUUAUUUCGGCUUCAUGCAUGGACAAUAGGAUAUAUCUAUACAAUGUUCUUCAGCUUGAGAAAGGGCCUCUCAAAUCUUUCUCUGGAUGCCAAAUUGAAUCAUUUUUCGUAAAGUCGGCUAUGAGCCCUGAUGCAGCUCAUAUUCUAAGUGGUUCUAGUGAUGGAAAAGCAUAUCUAUGGCAGGUGGACAAACCCGAAGCAGAUCCGAUUGUACUGAAAAGUCACGAUGGAGAAGUUACAGCAGUAGAUUGGUGCCCAUGUGAGAUAGGGAAAAUAGCAACUUGUUCAGAUGAUUUUACGGUUCGUUUUUGGAACAUCCACAGCAGUUGUUAUGCAAACACAAGAUCUCCAUCUUCCAUUCAGAAAAGGAGAGUAAUGGCACUUCCAAGUAGGGAGUGUAGAAAGCUAUUGGUGGACGAAGAACUAACCGGUCUCAGGAAAGAUUCAGAAGAAUGUGCUUCAGAUGAUGUAUUAUGCCAAAGAGAUUCACCCAACACAACAACAAUGCCUGAAAUCAGUACUCCUAAAUCCCAGAAGAAAACAUUUGCAUCAGGUUUUGAAGUGGAACAAGCCUUUGAGAAAACUCCUGAAGCUGAACUAAACAGCCCUUCUUCUGUUCUUAACCCUCCUUCAUCUUUGAAAAGAAGAACAAUUCGAGAUUACUUUUUGAUGGCUUCAUAAGAUCUAAUGACUUCUUUCCAAGUUUUGCUUAACGGAGAUUUGUAUUUAAGAGAAUCCACCAACCUGAUGAGUUAGAGGAGAUUGUGGACAAGCCAUUUUUCAGAUGCACAUCAAUUACAACGUAAACUAACCGUGGGCUCUGUAAUUUUGCAGGUUUGUAUUUUACAUGUAAAGAAGAUAGAGACAGUAUCUUUACUGAACUAUAUUAUCUACUGUUAAUUCUUU